AUGGGCACGCGCGGGUUCCCCGCGCUGGUGGACACCACCCCCGCCAAGACCAUCCUGGUGUACCGCAACGGGGACCCGUUCUACGUGGGCCGCCGCGUGGUGCUGCCGCGGCGCCGCGUCGCCACCUUCGAGGCGCUGCUGGAGCAGCUGACGGAGCAGGUGCAGGUGCCGUUCGGCGUGCGGCGCCUCUACACGCCGACGCGCGGGCACCCGGUGCGCGAGCUGGACGCGCUGCAGGCCGGCGGCAAGUACGUGGCGGCCGGUCGUGAGCGCUUCCAGAAGCUCGAUUAUAUUCAUAUAGUUCCCAGAAAACCUGCAAAGAUGAGAAAGUUGAAGGAAAUCAAACCGGUGGUACAUUGUGAUAUAAAUGUGCCUUCCAGGUGGCAAACAUAUCAUCGUACCUCCCGACAUAUAAAUGUUUUCACAAAUGGAAGAUUAUUUAUUCCUCCUGUAAAAAUUAUUAUACCCAAAUUCAGCCUGACGGAGUGGAAUAGCGUGCUGGCCACGAUUGGAGAAAAGGUCUUCCCCCUCGGAGGUGUUCGGAAAUUAUUUACAAUGAAUGGGCAUCUUUUGGACAACUCAAAGGAUUUGCAAGACCACCAUUUUUAUGUUGCGGCAGGACUGGAGGCCUUCAAGUGUUUCCCUCAGUGGAAGUCCCUAAACCUUCCCAGUGAGGUCCCACAAAAGCACACGGACAUCGAGAAACACUCACGAAGAAAGAAAAAAGAGGAUUCCAAAGGAAGAGAACCUCAUAAACGUGACAACAUUCCACCUAAAGAUCAGGAUUCUGUUUUUUACGCCAAAGAAAGAAAAAAGAAAACACUGGUAGAGCCUUUAAGCCAGAGCGGUGCAGAAGGUGACGUGUAUAAAGCUCAGACACCUAACACGGAAACCCAAGGAGCGCCGGAAGUGAUAGAGGACCAGGAUGUGCAGGUGGAGGUGCCUGUGGACCAGAAACCAGCUGAGAUAGUUAAAGAAGUUGAAGAGAUAGAUGAUAACACCUCUGAUUUUGAAAGCAACAAGGUGAAGCUUCAAGUCCCCUGUGAACCUGGCCCAGGGCUCUCUUCAGCUUUCCUUACCUACAUCGUGCUCCUGAGCCCUCUCAUUCUGCCCUGUUAG